GGGAGAAUCCAGGAACGUUUUCCACAAGAUGCCGCUGGAAGGUUGGAUUAAAAAGACGGAGGACAUUUCCACCCUCUAUGUCAUCAAGGAGAAGCUGGGCGCGGGCGCCUUCUCCGAAGUCAUGCUGGCCGAGGACCGCCAGUCCAAGCGGCUGGUCGCCCUGAAGUGCAUCGCCAAGGACGUCCGGCAGGACAAGGAAGCUGUGAUGAAGAACGAGAUCGCUGUACAGUGCAAAAUCAAACAUGAGAAUAUCGUCUCUCUUCAAAAGGUGUAUGAAAGUCCCAGCCACCUGUACCUGGUCAUGGAACUGGUAUCGGGUGGUGAGCUGUUUGACCGCAUCAUUGAGCGUGGUUUUUACACAGAAAGAGAUGCCAGCAAGCUCAUCCAGCAGAUCCUAGAUGCAGUCAACUAUCUUCACCAGCUGGGCAUCGUCCACAGGGACCUGAAGCCGGAGAAUCUGCUGUACGCGUCUCCGUUCGAUGACUCGAAAAUCAUGAUCAGCGACUUUGGACUGUCCAAGAUCGAAGAAACAGGGAGGCUGUUGUCGACGGCCUGUGGGACGCCUGGUUACGUGGCUCCUGAGGUCCUGGAACAGAAACUGUAUGGAAAAUCUGUGGACUGCUGGUCAAUCGGUAUCAUAUCGUACAUCCUGUUGUGCGGUUACCCACCGUUCUACCACGAGAAUGACUCGGAGCUCUUCAAGCAGAUCCUGAAGGCUGAGUUCGAGUUCGACUCCCCGUACUGGGACGACAUCUCCGAGUCAGCAAAAGACUUCAUCCGGCAUCUGUUGGUGAGGGAGCCAGACAAGAGGUACACCUGUGAGGAAGCUCUGAAACACCCCUGGAUCGUUGGCGACACGGCCUUGGACAAGAACAUUCACGAAUCCUUCAGUGAACAAUUCAGGAAAAACUACGCAAAGAUGCAAUGGAAGCGGGCAUUCAAUGCCACGGCCGUUGUUCGUCAUAUGUGCAAACUGCAGCUUGGCACCGAAAAUGAUGAGGCUUCGAUGAGCACAUAA